AUGGAUCCAGCCUCCUUUAUCGAUCCGAACCUGACCCGGUCCGAUCUGCUGGUUCUCCAGGAUCUGCUGGACGACGCCGACCGACAACCGGGGAAAUGUGGGUCGACAGAGUCCCAACGGGGCUCUGGCGAAGAUGCAAGCAGUGUGCGACGUAGGACCGCGCUCCCCGGGGAUUCCCAAGUUCCCCAGGACGCCUCGAACACCAGUGCGCCGACGCUGGACCAGCUGCGGGCGCUUAAUGACCCCCAUCACCAGGACUUCGUGCCCACCGUGUUCGUGACCUGGGAUCUGCCCGAUCUCAAGCGAUCUCUGCCCGCCUGGCUGCAGCGAUGGGUGCUCCAGCCCUACAUCCGGGCCGCGCGGCAACUCGUGCGCGUGGAAACGGACGUGGUGAUGCUGACCCAUCUGUUGCUCUACUUCUCUACCUCCGUGCCCAGCGCCCUCUGGCUGUUUCGCCACUUUAGCUGGAUUCAUGGCGUCUUGCACUGGAUCAUGCAGUCCUACUAUGUCGGCACCUACACGCUCAUGAUGCACCAGCACAUCCACAUGGGCGGCAUCCUGAGGCGAUCCCCCGGCCUGGCCUGGUUCGACAAGCUGUUUCCCUACGUCACCGACCCCUUGAUGGGCCAUACGUGGAACACCUACUACUACCACCACGUCAAGCAUCAUCAUGUCGAGGGCAACGGGCCUGACGAUCUGUCGUCGACCAUCCGAUACCAGCGCGACGAGCUGGUCGACUUUCUCUGCUACGUCGGUCGCUUCUACUUCUUUAUUUGGCUGGAGCUGCCGCUGUACUUUUUCCGCAAGGGCAAGAUCAAUAUGGCCGUCAAGGCUGCCCUGUGCGAGUGCCUCAACUAUGCCGCCAUCUACCUGCUCUGGACCUACGUCGCCUGGAGGCCCACCCUGUUCGUCUUUCUCCUGCCUCUGCUGCAGCUGCGCAUUGGCCUCAUGGUGGGCAACUGGGGGCAGCAUGCCUUUGUCGACGAGGUCGACCCCAACUCCGACUUUCGGUCUAGCAUCACCUUGAUCGACGUGGCCGUGAGUGACCCCGCAUGA